AACUAACCUAGUUCGAGUAAAAACCCGAGAACCCAUGAUAAUAACAGAUACCCCAGCAGAGCCUUUCGAUAAAAUUUCCAUAGACACAGUAGGACCAUUACCUACGACACCUUCAGGUAACGCUCACAUUUUAACGGUACAAGAUAACUUAACAAAAUACUGUGUUGCGGUACCUAUCCCAAACAUAAAAGCUGAAACUAUUGCUGACGCUCUCGCUCGAAACGUUAUUAUACAAUUCGGAACCCCUCGAAUAAUAUUAAGUGAUCAAGCUCGUACUUAUGUCGGAAAAUUAUUUCACCAUCUAGCAAAAACAUUUAAAAUAAAAAAAAUAACAACAUCUGGAUAUCACCCUCAGACAAAUGGCAGUCUAGAAAGAUCACAUAUAGUAUUAACGGAAUUUAUUAAACAUUAUGUUGAACGAUUUGACGACUGGGAUAAACUUGUCCCAUUUGCUAUGUUUUCAUACAAUACUUCUGUUCAUGAAUCAACUAACUUCACUCCUUUCGAGCUUAUCUUCGGGAAAAGAGCGCGUAUUCCUAGUUCUUUUCCUCCCACUGAUCAAACCCAAACAUAUGGAACCUAUUUACAAGACCUUAUUACUAGAAUGGACGAUAUGAGACAAUUGGCUCAUAAAAGGUUGGUAAAAUCUAAGUACCGUUCUAAACGCUAUUAUGAUAAACAUUAACACCCUUGUACUUUUGAAGUAGGUAAUCAGGUUUAUUUAAUUAAAGAGCCCAGAAAAGGCAAAUUCGAUUCUCAUUAUAAAGGUCCUUACACAGUGGUAGAAUUGUUAGAUAAUAAUACUGCUAUCAUUGAGAAUGCAGAUGGUAAACGAUUAUUAAAGCAUGUAGAUAAAUUAAAAAUUUGUAAUACUCGGAAGGAUGAGUCCGACUCCGAAUCACAUUUAACAAAUUAAAGAUCACUAUGUUUCAGAAUAAAAAAGGGUUAAAUAUUAAUACAGGUUAAGCAUGAUACUCCAUGGGUAUCGAAAUCUUAAAACAUCCCCUAGUGUGGACAUCCUAGCUGUUCAAAUAUUGCUGACUAUUCCGGUAGUACUCGGAAUUCUCGCGUACAAUUGCUUAAAACCUUCAAUUAAUAUAUCCAAUUGCUCCAAACAAUAAAUUUAUCAAUGUUCACAUUUUUCAAUGCAAAAUCCUGAUCAAUAGAUCAAUUAAAAUUUGUGGGUUUUUAUCACACAAUUACGAAACAUCUAAUAGUCAUUACGAAUAUGUAAAAGAAAUCACGCGAAGACGAUGUGAAGAUGUACACAUGGAAGAAUCCUAUGAAUAUUAUGGAGAACAUAACGAUUUAAAACCGAACUCUACUACAAGGCGAUCAGUUACUUUUGCCGGAAGCGUAGACUCAGAAGGAUACUGCACUGGCGAAGCCUACAGUGAUGCUAGCGGUAACUGGGAAAAAGUCUUUGUUACUGGUUAUCUUACAAUUACAUUACAAGACUACUACGCCACCGUUAAUACUGAAACCAAUGACGUCAUUUUAAGAUCAGGGUUACGCUGUAACUACUAAUCUUGACGAUGCAUGGAUGUUGACGGAGGAAAUACUUUCUGGGAUGUGUUACCUAAAUCAGAUUGCAGUACUGACAAAUUUACGGUACUGUUCGAUGGAAAAGCAAAAAAAUUAACCAAUAGUAAUAAUUCAACUAAUAGUGAAACCGUAUAUUCCGUAGCAUCCGGCGGAUUUAGUUUUACAUUCACAGAAAAAGGAACUAUAGAAAGCUGUGAAGAACUCCUAACGUUAACAGAAUUCCCUCAACUCUUCAUCCUGGAUAAAGGACUUAACCAACAUUCAAACCACAAAAGGUCAUUAACUAUGGAAAACAUGGAUCUUACUACCUAUGUUAGCGCAAAAUUUAUAUACCUCGAAAGUCAUUUUGAAACUCAAAUCAUCAUGUUAUACAAAGAUAUUAUUCUGCAAGAAUGUAAACUAGAGAAAAAGGUAUUACAAAACGCAUCGAUUCUUGCAUCUCUAGCCCCAGACAAUUUCGCACUACAAUUUUUGAAAGAACCAGGUUACAUUGCUCAUGCAUCAGGGGAAGUAAUAAGAUUCACAAAAUGUAUCACAGUAAUCGUUGAAAGAAGAGAUACUGAGGAAUGUUAUCAAGAACUGCCCAUUAAUUUAAACAAUGAAAAAUUAUUCAUGUUACCACGCACUCAUAUUUUAGUGAAGACAGGAACACAGGUUGAAUGUAACCCUUUAAUCGCACCAAUGUAUCGGAUAAACUCACAGUGGUACCAAAUAAAUCCUAACUUAACUAUGGUACCCGAGCCUAUACAACUCGCAGCACAAACAAAUUAUACCUGGAAAUACAAAAACGCUCUAGGACUAGCCACAGGAGGAAUUUACUCUAACAAAGACGUAGAAAAACUUCAAGAAUUUAUAAUGUUUCCGUUAGAACGGCCAGCUAUAUUAAAUACGAUUGCUCGAGGAGCUACCGGCCAUUCAAUAGUCAAGGAUGAAAUAAAGUUAAACAAUUUAAUUGAUGAAAGUGAAAUUUUUGCCUCACUCUCACACAGUUGGGGAAAAAUUUAUAACUUCUUCAACACAGUAGGAACUUUCGGAGUAACUAUUUUUGGAGCUUAUUUAGUGCUACGCAUUUUUAAAUUUACCUUUGAUUUGAUAAUUCACGGUUACGCUUUGCACUCGACUUAUGGGUGUAGUUUUUGGAUCAUGGGAGCCAUAUGGGGAACAUUAGCCAGUUAUUUAAUACAACGUCGUGCUACUAAUUCUGAUGUAGAGAAAGAAAUGGAAAUAUUUGAAACUAAAAAUCAUUCACAGCCAGAAAAACUGCGAAAAAAUUUGAAGAAUCAUAUUCCAACUAAAACAAAACGCAAUAUUCAGCACAGCUUGCCAUUAGAUAUUAAAUUCCGAGAUAUAGAAUCGGAAUAGUCAAGCAAAAUUUUACAUCUCAAAUACAUAUACUAACUAUUAUAUUAAUCAUUUCAGAGAGAAAGACAUAACAGAAGAAAUACUCUCCAUCAAGAUGAGGGCACUGACCUUUACGUUCAUAGUAAUUUAUACUCUAGCCGGAAUUUCUUGUGACCCUUUUAAGAACAAACAAUUCAACUCAAACCCAGGUAUUUACUACGAAGAAUUGGGAAAGGUGUACCUGUCAAUGGAUACAUGGAAACUUGUGACU